CUUUGUUGUCCGUCUACUAAAAUAAUCCCAUGGCUACAGAAUAUUCUAAAUGGAGUACUGUCCUUUAUAACUAUUGACUAAACGAUGCAAUCAAUUGUAGCCCUAGAGAAGAAGCCACUGAGCGCUGCUACUGCUAAUACAAGUUUUUGAAUACUAGCAUGCAAAGAUCAAGCAAAACUUCCGAGUCAUUAUUUUCAAAAGGUGGAUAGCUUGUCGAAAUUGACUCAAUCAUCUAGUUGGGUGGUGUAAUUUUAAAAGUGAUAUUUACAAUAAGGCAAAAAAAAAAAAAAAUCCGUCAUUGAAUCGCCAACUGGAAUUACAGUUCAUCGUCAAACUUUUGGUCUACAGAGAUUUCUACAGAUUUUAAUUUGUGUGUUCAUGGUGAUGACAGAUGGUUGCCCAACUAAUGGUUCUGUCCAAGGUUGGUUUGUACUGUAUUUUGUGUGAGGAUCUGAUAACAUCUCUAACCAACUCUCACCAACCUUUUUGAAGUGUCUUCCGUAACAAAUGCCGGAUGCUACCAGUUUGAUACAAUUCUAAAGUAACCAAUUUGAGCAAAUUACCUUUGAUACAUUUUUUAUAUUAAAUUAUGUGAAGACACUGAUCGUGCUCAUGAUUUCUAACAAUGACAAAACUGAUGAAUUGCUGAUGAUUUAUAACAAUUAUAAAACCAAUGAAUAUCAAAACAUUUUUUUAAAAAUCUGCACAUGUUCACAUUUUCAAAUGAAAACUUCUACAACAUGCCUAGAAUAUCACAACUACUAGUUCUUGGACAGGCUUGCAGGCUACUCGUGGUCCUUGGGGGCUACCUGACAAAACCAUGGAGGUGACCUUGCUCUAAUGUUUACUCCAGUAUGCAUCACUUGAUGCCUAAAUGAAUUCAAUCACAUGGUUUUCACCUGUCCAAACUGUUGCUUAUUCUUUCAGAAACUCCUCUCCUUAAGGAAAUAUGCGUGAGUGUAUCUCGGUGCAUGUUGGACAGGCUGGCGUUCAGAUUGGCAAUGCCUGCUGGGAGCUUUACUGCCUGGAACAUGGAAUCCAGCCGGACGGACAGAUGCCCAGUGACAAAACAAUUGGAGGUGGAGACGAUUCCUUCAACACUUUCUUCAGUGAGACCGGAGCGGGAAAGCAUGUCCCCAGAGCUGUCUUUGUGGACCUGGAGCCCACAGUCAUCGACGAAGUGCGUACGGGAACCUAUCGGCAGCUCUUCCACCCUGAACAGUUAAUCACCGGCAAGGAGGAUGCCGCAAAUAACUACGCCCGUGGUCACUACACCAUCGGCAAAGAGAUCAUUGACCUCGUGCUGGACAGAAUACGUAAACUGGCUGACCAGUGCACCGGCCUUCAGGGAUUCCUGGUGUUCCACAGUUUCGGCGGUGGCACCGGUUCCGGGUUCACGUCCCUGUUGAUGGAGCGUCUGUCUGUGGACUACGGGAAGAAAUCCAAGCUGGAGUUCUCCAUCUAUCCAGCACCUCAGGUGUCCACGGCUGUGGUGGAGCCCUACAAUUCCAUCUUGACCACACACACCACCCUGGAGCACUCUGACUGUGCCUUCAUGGUGGAUAAUGAGGCCAUUUAUGAUAUUUGCCGCCGAAACCUAGACAUGGAGCGUCCUACAUACACCAAUCUGAACAGAUUGAUCAGUCAGAUCACUUCCUCGAUCACGGCUUCCCUUCGUUUCGACGGCGCCCUCAAUGUCGAUCUUGCAGAGUUUCAAACCAACUUGGUACCAUAUCCUCGUAUCCACUUCCCUCUGGCCACCUACGCCCCCAUCAUCUCUGCUGAGAAGGCUUACCAUGAGCAAUUAACUGUUGCUGAUAUCACCAACGCGUGCUUUGAGCCAGCCAACCAGAUGGUGAAGUGUGACCCUCGUCAUGGCAAGUACAUGGCGUGUUGCCUUUUGUAUCGUGGCGAUGUGGUGCCCAAAGAUGUAAAUGCCGCCAUUGCCACAAUCAAAACCAAGCGCACCAUCCAGUUUGUGGACUGGUGCCCCACUGGUUUUAAGGUGGGCAUCAACUAUCAGCCCCCCACCGUGGUUCCAGGUGGCGACCUGGCCAAAGUACAGAGAGCUGUGUGCAUGCUGAGCAACACAACAGCCGUUGCAGAGGCCUGGGCUCGGCUCGAUCACAAGUUUGACCUGAUGUAUGCCAAGCGUGCUUUUGUUCACUGGUAUGUGGGGGAGGGUAUGGAGGAGGGAGAAUUCUCUGAAGCCAGAGAGGACAUGGCAGCUCUAGAGAAGGACUAUGAGGAGGUUGGGGCCGACUCAGUUGAUGAUCAGGGGGAGGAAGGAGAGGAAUAUUAGACGUACAAAGGAACUAGAUUGCAGGAAACAAUGUUGUUUCCUCUGUGAUCCUGAAUGUAUUUGCUGAUUAGUUUGAUUGUGCAAACCAGACAAUUAGUUGGAUCACUAAAAGAUAAAUACCUUUUUUCCUUCAAAUUGUUUAUGCAUUUUGGACAAAAUUGACAAUUAAAAGAAAUUACCAACCUUGUUAUUCAAA